UUAAGAAGAUGCUUAGCAAACUAGGUAAGAAUCUUGCCUCAGAAAGCAAUGAGGAAUAACCUCAAAAAAGACGAGAAAGAAUCUUGCAUUCCCUAGUUCCCACUUAUGUUGAGCCAGCAAAGUAAAACAUACGAACAUGUAGAUGAACGCACGAACAGGUGGUCAUGUACUAGAAGAAUCAUUUAGCUUUCUAAGGGCAUUAGAAACAUGAAUAGAUCAUUGGUUUAAACGUUAACGGUUAGCCCUCUUUGUAAUUUUCGCCGGUACCACCAAAGGGAAUUUGUCUCUAUCAAUCAUCGAAGACGGGAACUUAUACCUCAGUCUAUGUCUUGGUUGUUUCUUAAAAGCUCACGUGUUCUCGAUCAUUAAGCUUGUGCCAAUUUGCAGAAGCCACACUCCUCUUGUCUAAUUUCUGCAUUAAUCCCUCUAGCUCUUUCCAUGGCUUCUGUUGAAACCUGUGUUGAGCACGAGCUUCCUGUAAGCACUGGUAAAGACUAUAAAACAAAGAGUGAGCAAGUGCAGCGAGCUCAGUGGCUUCGAGCUGCUAUUCUCGGCGCAAGUGAUGGCCUUCUAUCCACUACAUCGCUAAUGCUAGGUGUCGGUGCAGUGAAGGAUGAUCGUUGGUCGAUGAUCCUUUCUGGAGUAGCUGGAGCUGUUGCAGGAGCUUGUAGCAUGGCUGUGGGGGAGUUUGUUUCUGUUUCAACUCAAAGAGAUAUCGAAAAGGUGUCUCUAAGCCAAAGCAGCAGUACUUUAAAUAGUGUGUUGAGGGAGAGAGAUGGUAAUGGUAAGGUGGUUAAGCUUAAUAUCCCUGAAUCAAGUUUCACCAUAUCAGUUGAACUGACACCUUCAAGAAGACCAAGCUCAUCUGAAAAACCAACUGAUGAGCCAACCGAGAAGAUGCCAUGUAAGAUCAACACGUUUGAAAUAAAAGAAACUGAUGAAGAGGAGUCGCUGCCAAGCCCUCAUAAGGCAGCUUCAGCCUCCGCGUUGGCAUUUCUGUGUGGUUCACUUGUGCCUUUACUGUCAGUCAUGUUUAUUUCUCAAAAGUUGAUGAGAAUGGUGGUGGUUGUGGUGGUGACAUCAAUAGCUCUAGCUUUCUUUGGGGCUAUUGGAGCUCGUAUGGGUGGCUCACCUGUUCGGGCAUCUGCAAUUAGAGUUCUUGUUGGAGGCUGGAUCUCCAUGGCGGUUACCUAUGGUUUGCUUAGACCUUUCGAUAGAGAUCAUUCAAAAGGUUUGAUAGACAAGAACUGAUAUAACAACAUGAAGGAAAUAUGAUGAUCAGUAAUGGUAGAUGUAUAUAUCAUCGCUUACUCUCCACACUGUAAACCAUAUUCUAUGGUGCAAAAUUACAAAUAGGUUUAUAGAGUCAAAAUCAUGUUUUCCACUGCAGUUUUUGGCCCCCUUAUAUCUGAAAUGAAAUACCAUGGAUGAAAUGGAGCAAAUUA